AUGGCUACGAAUAAAGCGGUGCCAGAACUCAUUAUCGCACUACCAAAGAAAUGUUCAGUUGAUAAAUUGAGGGUUUUUGAGCUCCCAAAUCCGUCCAAUAUCGAGUCCAAACGGCCCGUUAAAGUGUUUGUCCAUAAUGGGAGUGUAUUUCAACUCAAAACGAAAAGUUUUAGUCAGGGAUGCGAGUUCAACAGAGCCCGCGACUCUGCCAACGAAAGCUACCACUACACGUCCCGGGAAGAACCCUUAAAGUCAGGAAUUUUGGUCAAUAACACCGAUCGACAAGAUGGAUGGCUCUUGAGUAAAGGCUCCUUUGAGUUUUCCACGCCAUACGAUCUGGGCUUUAGUCUGUGUGGCGCAUUAUUCGCGGAUCUCAAGAGUAAGGACGAGAACCAGUACCAACAGGCAGAUCCAGCUGCGCCAUCGGUGUCGCUGGAAAACCGGUUCCUCAUGACGCGUGACUUCCUUGGAGACCUGAUCGACCAUCAUAGUCCCAAUUGGUCUGAAGUACCCGCUGAAACUCUGAGAACAGCACUGGAGCAACUGAGUGAAUGUGUGGAAGAAGGUGGCGAUCUUUACUUCAAGACCAGCCCCGUCAAAAUCACACAAUGGCUGGCGACCAAGGUUGGUAAAAUUAUAAGCUCAUUUCCCGAAAGCGUGCCAAUCCCCAGGAAUCUUCCCGAGGAAAUGCAACCCCAUUUCAAAGCUGUAUUCGCGUGCAAUCUGCUCAUCUCUCUAGUGCCACGCCAGGCCUAUCACAAUCUUAUUCAGCACGAGGGCGAGAAUUUGAAUCUUGCAGAAGCGUUCAGACAGUAUAAAAGAUACCAAGAAGAGGAAAAUCACCGACAGAAAGAACAGGAGCUUCUAAUCGAGUCAGCCAUGAAAGUUGGUAUUGGCAAUGGGCCCACUAAAAAGCCAAUUGUCAGGAAAGUCACCAAAGUGGUCAAAACUAACAAAAUCAAGACUGGGAAAGGUGCUAUUGAUGGAUUCUUCAAAAAAAAAGUGCCAACUAGUCAAUCGAUUGCCUUACAAAGUGCGACCAAAGGGACCAGAAGCUAG